AUGAAAUCAAAAUACAUUAUAUUAGCGUUAUUUAUUAUUAUUGAUACCGUCAUUAUAAUUGGUAGUAGUAAAUUAGAAGCUAAAGUUAUUACCAGUGAUGAUGAAUCAUUAAAAAACAAAGAGUUAUUGACCUACAACAACAAUAGCUCAAGUGACCACGUUGCAGGAGGAUGCCCACCUCCGAUGAUAUUGGACAUAAAUAUAAAUUAUAACUACAACGGCAGCAGUGAAUAUGAUGAUAUUGGAAAAAUAUGUUUACAGAAUGGAUGUUGUCUGCCAUGUCCAAUAGCCAAUAAUCUUUACAAAUCAAAUCAAGUCAAUAAUGUUUAUUCAAUUUUGAGCUACAUAGGGAUAAUUUCCAAUCUGGAUGCCAUGUGUCAUGACGAUGUCACUAGAUCUACCAUUGUUAAUGACCCUGUUUCUUGUGGAUUGCAAGCAAUUAUCACUAGUACAUUUCCAUUUAAACCAUCCAAUAACAAAAGGAUGAGAGCUCAAGAUCUUUUAACAGUUUUAAAGAUGCAAUGGCGUGUUUUAAUGUUGGCUGUAAUAUAUCUUUCAGCUUUUAUACUCUAUCAGUUAUUCAUAGUUCUUGAGGCGUCGAAAUUAGAUGCGUUGAAAUCACCGGUUGAUGAAAGACCUGAAUGGAUAUCGAAAUGGUUUGAAUGUAUAGUUGAUGGAAAUGGCCAAGACGUGUGUUCACAAUAUUCAAUUCCCAACAUACCAAGCAUUAACACAUAUGUAAUGGCAGAAGGUGUCAUUGCAUCAUUGGGCAUUUUGAUGUUUAUAAUAUUUGGCACUUCAAAGAAUUUAUGGGUGGAAUGGAAGGAUUUGUUGACCAAGGGAUUUAAUUUUAAAAAAAGUGAUGUAAUGAGUUUCUACGACACAGAACAUAGCCUGCAUGAAGAAAGUUGA